GGGGGCGGGGCCGCCGCGGCGCCAGCGGGCUGAGCGCGGCCUCAGUCGACUGCUGGCUGUCGCUCGUGCGGCAGGGAGGUCCGCGGUCGGUGCAGAGAGGCAGGCGCUGCAGGCGUGGGCACCGCGCACGCUCGGAGAGAGGCCUCGCGGAGAGCUGCGCCGGCAAGAGUGUGGCCUUCUGUCGCGUGGAGGCAGGUGUGCUGGGCCGGCACAGUCACGUGAUCGAGGAGUCCGGCGCGGGGGCACCCGGAGGGGGCGGGGCCCCGCAGGCCACACCUCCUUCGGUCUCGAGGGCGGGGGCGUAGCCAAAGAGACCUGUUCCUCUAGGGUAUGAGCUGGGGAGGGCUCGGGAAGGGUGUCAGGCACCCUUCAAAUUAGGGGAAGAAUGGGGGAACACCCACCCUCAUACCACCAGGGCAAUAAGAAAGGGGGUGGCGCUCCUGGGAACCAAGGCCCUGGAGGAGACGGAGGCGUUCAGAUUUCCUGGGGGGAGCCCUAGAUCCGAGCUUGAAAGGAUGGGGGCAGGCAGAUGAGCUCACAGGGCCUUGGGCUCCAGUCCUGGCUCGACCUCCGAUUGCGGUGAGCGCCCAGGCGAGCCCCUGCCCCUCGCUUCGAGGGGCCAUCCGGGGUCCAAGACCCCACAACCCCGGGCUGCCACAGGAUGGGCCUCUGGGCCACGGCCCAGCUGUGGGGCCCGCCGGGGCUGCUCCUGACCUUGGCCCUGCACCUGGCUCUGUACCUGCACUCGGCCCAGACCUCGGUACCCCCACCCCGGGACUACUGCGUCCUGGGUGCAGGGCCCGCGGGCCUGCAGAUGGCCUACUUCCUGCAGCGGGCCGGGCGGGACUAUGCGGUGUUCGAGCGCGCCCCGCAGCCGGGCAGCUUCUUCACGCGCUACCCACGCCACCGCCAGCUCAUCAGCAUCAACAAGAGACACACCGGCAAGGCCAAUGCGGAGUUCAACUUGCGCCACGACUGGAACUCUCUGCUCAGCCACGACCCCCGGCUGCUCUUCAGACACUACUCCCGCGCCUACUUCCCCGACGCGGGAGACAUGGUGCGCUACUUGGGCGACUUUGCCCAGCGCCUGGGGCUCCACGUGCUGUACAACACGACCAUUACUCACGUCACUCUGCACAAGGCCCGGCAGGCCUGGAACGGCCAUUACUUCAUCCUGACCGACCAGAUAGGUCACACACACCAGUGCAGUGUGCUUCUCGUGGCCACGGGUUUGUCAGUCCCCAACCAGGUUGACUUCCCAGGCUCCGAGUACGUGGAGGGGUACGAGUCUGUGUCCGUGGACCCCGAGGACUUCGAGGGUCAGAAUGUACUGAUCCUGGGGCGCGGGAACUCUGCCUUUGAGACGGCGGAGAACAUCUUAGGUGUCACCAACUUCAUCCACAUGCUGAGCCGCUCCCGGGUCCGGCUGUCUUGGGCCACCCACUACGUGGGAGACCUCAGGGCCAUCAACAAUGGGCUGCUGGACACCUACCAGCUGAAGUCCUUGGACGGGUUGCUCGAGUCCGACCUGACGGAUCUGGCCAUCGUGAAGGACCGCGAGGGCAAGUUCCACGUCACCCUGAAGUUCUUCCUGGAGGAAGGCAACCAGAGUGCCGACGCCAUCACCCUCCCCCAGGACGACAACGACAACUUUGCCAUGCGCGUGGCCUAUGACCGGGUCAUCCGCUGCCUUGGCUGGAACUUUGACUUCUCUAUUUUCAACAAGUCCCUCAGACUGUCUUCCGGGGGCGAGUUCAGCAAGAAGUACCCACUGAUCAAAGCCAGCUAUGAGUCCAAAGGAAGCCGGGGUCUCUUCGUGCUGGGCACCGCCAGCCACUCCGUGGAUUACCGCAAGUCUGCAGGGGGCUUCAUCCACGGUUUCCGCUACACAGUGCGUGCUGUUCACCGCCUGCUGGAGCAUCGCCACCACGGCGUCGCCUGGCCCUCCACCGAGCUCCCCACCUCACAGCUGACCAGCGCCAUCAUCCGGCGUGUGAACGAGGCUUCUGGGCUCUACCAGAUGUUCAGUGUGCUGGCUGACGUCGUCCUGCUGAAGGAGAACGCUACGGCAUUUGAGUACCUGGAGGAGUUCCCCGUGCAGAUGCUGGCCCAGCUGGAGACCAUCACGGGAAGGAAGGCCAGGCACGGGCUGUUCGUCAUCAACAUGGAGUACGGCAGAAACUUCUCUGGGCCCGACAAGGACGUCUUCUUUUAUGACCGGUCUGUGGGGCACACGGAAGACGCCUGGCAGUCUAACUUCCUCCAUCCUGUCAUCUACUACUACAGGCAUCUUCCCACCGAGCAGGAGGUGAGGUUCCGCCCUGCCGGCUGGGCCCUGCCUAGGCCCACGGCCAUCCACCACGUCGUGGAAGAUUUCUUGACCGACUGGACCGCCCCGGUGGGGCAUAUCCUGCCUCUGAGGCGCUUCCUGGAGAACUGUUUGGACACCGAUUUGCGAAGCUUCUAUGCAGAAUCCUGCUUCCUGUUUGCGCUUACACACCAGAAGCUGCCGCCCUUCUGCCAGCAGGGGUACCUGAGAGCACAGGGGCUCGUGGGGACCGAGAGCCUCCGGCGGCACGGAGUAGAGAGCGGGCUCCUGCAGGACUACACCACGGCGGAUAGGCGCCAUGAGGAUGGGGCCCGCAGGCCACUGGGUAGCUCCCGGGCCCCGGCACCCCCAGUCCGGCCCCUCGAGAGCAACAAGGAGGAGCUGUGACUACCAGGAGACUCCCAGCCAGGCCCCCAGCUGGCCCCUCCAUCCCACUGAUACAUGGUUGUCAGAGACACUCAGACUGUCACAGUGACCAAGGCCACUGUGAGGGGUGGCCAUGCGGUGGUCUCCCCUCCAGUCUGGUCCUUGGGCGCCUGGGAGAUGAGAUCCAGAGAAAGCCACCCUCGGCCAGGUGGGAGGCGCCUUCCACAGCCAGGCUUGUCUGCGAGUGAACUGUCACUGGGCACCAGGCUGGCUCGGUUCUGUCCCCAUAAGUGCCCAGCGGUCCCAUUUCCUUCUGGUCCACUCAUCAGGUGAACUGGGAUCCCACCCACCUGCGGACUGUGUCCCCAGUUGAGCUGUCCUCAUCUUCAGAAGGGUUCGAGGCAGGCACUUCAAACCGAAGCUCUAACAUCCUCAGCCAUCUGGGGCAGGUGGGACUUUCACCCCUGAUGAAGCGAUCAGAUCAGAGAAGUUAGGUGACUCCCAGGGUCCCACCAGGCAUCCCUGUCUGGGUCCCCUCACCACUCUGCCUCGCCCUGCCCCCAUCCCUGUUUCCAGAACCCGGGGCGGGGGCCAGCCCAGCUUACCAUCAUAGGCCCGCUGUCACCAGGCAGAGACGGGACAGCUCCUGCAGAGCCACCUUAUCUCACCGGGCUUCUGCCCGAGCAGCAGGACUCAGAGCGGCGCCUGCCCCAGGACUGUGCUCCCUGACUUCUGUCUUCAGCACCUGUGCCGUCUGCGCUCCCCUCCUGCUCGGCACUUGCCGCUCGCCCUGCCCCUGCCCUCUGACAGCCCAAACAACUCCCUGCCUCUGGUCUGCCUGAGCAAGUUAUGUAAAACUGUCCCCAUGCUGGAAGGGAGGAUUCUUUGCGAGGGGCCGGCUCCACCUGUUGUUGGUUCAAAGCGUGUGUGAGGUGUUUCUAACUGUGUCUGUGUGACGACGACAAGGCCUCUGCUCUCUGGUUGCCCAGCGGUCCUCACUCUUCUUCCCCACCAGGAAUCUGCUCCCUUCAUAUGCGCCCAUCAGGCCGUGUGAAGCAUUCAUACAGAAGAAGAAUCAUGGUGAUUUUUUCAAAGCCAGGACCCAGAUGAUUCCUUUUUCAUCCGUUCUUACUGGGUCCCUGCAUCCACGCAGAAUUCAAGGGACGCAGGCUUUCUGGAUCCAUGGCCCUUUUCUGGAAACUUCCUCUUGGCCUCCACUACUGGGCCCACCUCCUGUCUGCAGAUCCCUCUCUCUCCAGUCGUGUGCAGUUAGAGCCGUGACACUCUGCAGCCCAAGCGUGUGACAGUACUUGGCAUAGCUUCCCCAGGGGCGGGAACAUCUAAAGAUCUCUCCCUGAUCCCAGAGCGUUGGGUCUGCCGUGUUUCUUACAGAUGAUACGUGAACCGGAUUUGGGCCCCGUCAGCGCCUCCCCCUUCCUUUCCUAAGACUUUUUUUUAAAACAAAUCUUUUCACUAGGACUGUUCCCAUAUUGCAGACCCUGCCACACACAUCACACCUUACCAGCCACUGAAGGCAGCUGAGCGCCUUCUCCCAGUCGAAGUUCACAGUGCUGCUACAAAAAACUCACGGACGCCUGCGUGACCUCAGCUUCUGCUCCCGUCCUCUGCCAAAUCGUCGAUGCCCUCAGAAUUUCAGCCAGCUUCGUCUGUGUUUCAUAAGACCUGGCUCCAUGGUGCAGCUGAUCAGAUGCCUUCCCUGGUAUUCUCCAUGUAAAACUGGUCAGUAAUGUGGAAAAGAAAUCUCACUUCAGAUCCCUAUUUCAUACUUCAGAAUUAAGUUCAGAGCAAUUUUUAAAAGCCGUCUGGAAACUGGAGGUGACAAGGGAAAGCAAGGACUGUCCGACUUCAGAAGCAAUGGGAAAUUCCCCAGAGGAGAAGGUUUAACGUUUCCAACCCAUACCUAUUUUUUUUAAGUUUUUAUUUAAAUUCCAGUUAGUUAAUGUUCCAGGUGAAAUUUUGUGUUUUGUUUUGCUUUUUUUAACUGAUCUCUACACCCAACGUGGGGCUCGAACUCCUGACUCCAAGAUCAAGUGUCACAUUCCACUGACCGUGCCAGCCAGGCGCCCUCCCUCCCAUACUUAACUAAUGUCGGUAAUGUGACCAUUUAAAGAAAAGGAUAAAAUUAAAAGGCAAACAGCAUGGGUAAAAACAGUGACAGCAGAAUACAACACACAAAAAAUACUAUAUUACACAACUGAUUGGAGUUAAUGAGAAAAAAAAGACUAAGUAACUGAUGGGACAUUCACCCAAUAAAAUACCACAUGGCUCUCAAAACCUCCCAGAGAUGGGGAAGGGCCAUGCCAUAAAGCAUACACGUGUGACAAAACCAAUAGAAAAGAAGCAGGCAACGAGAGUGUAGUUAGUUGUGAACUACUUAAAGCUGUGUAAAGCUGGAAAGCCACAGAUGGGGGAGACUGGAAAGGACAUAUCACAGAAUGUCAACAGUAGUCCUAUGAGGUUUAUGGAGGCAUUUUUCUUUCUCCAAAUGUGUGGUUACACUGUAUAGUGAAAUAAAUACAUUUAUUUUUUAAAAAAUCA